AUGGCGAAAAGAAGAUCAAAGACAAGAACGCACGUUAAGGCCACGGAUGAGGACCUGGCUAAGAUCCCCAAGUCGAUGGUAAUCCAUCUUGGAACAGCAUUGCAGAACCAUUCGCUGACACAACUAGUAAAAGAUACAAGAAAUAUGAUGCAGCCACACACAGCAAUUAGUCUUCGUGAAAGAAAAUCCAACAAGCUGAAGGACUUUGUGGUGAUGGCCGGGCCUCUUGGUGUGUCUCAGCUCAUGAUCUUCUCUCAAUCAGAGGACACAGGCUCGUCACAAUUACGUAUUGCCAGAACCCCACAUGGUCCAACUGCUUGCUUCAAGAUUAAAAGCUAUUCUCUGUGCAAAGAUGUGGCCAGAUUUUUGAAACAUCCAAAGUCCAUCAGCAAACAGUCUCCAGAGUUCCUUGCUCCACCAUUGCUGGUGAUGAAUGGAUUCUCCAACCCAAAGGACUCACCAGCUCAUGAGAAGUUGCUAAUAACGAUGUUCCAGAACUUGUUUCCACCAAUAUCUCCUCAGAGCACCAAAGUGGGAUCCAUAAAGAGAGUUUUGCUGUUGAAUAAGGACCGCGAGACUGGAAUUAUUGAAAUCCGUCAUUACGCUAUCGACACCAAGCUGGUCGAUGUCUCCAAGGGUGUCAAGCGUCUAAUCAAUUUGAAUAAGAACUCCGCCAGAAGAAUGCCCAACUUGGCCAAGGUUGGUGAUAUGUCCGACAUAAUCCUUGACCCUUAUGCCAAUGCUGUCGGAUACACAAGUGAGUCUGAGGUUGAAGACGACUCGGUUGUGGAUAUCAAGGAGGAUGUCACGGUGAUAGCGAGAAACAGAAGUGCGACUCCAGCAGCAGCAGAGCCAGCUGAUCAAGAUGACAAAAAGAAUGUCAGAAAGCGGGCUGUGAAACUGACAGAACUGGGUCCCCGGAUGGAGCUGGACCUGGUCAAGAUCGAGGAAGGUAUCUGCUCAGGAAAGGUUCUACACCACGCAUUCAUUGCAAAGACAGACAAAGAAAUCAAGCAACUGGAACAGAAGCACGCAGUCAAGAGGAAGCUGAAGGAGGAGAGAAAAAAGGCGCAGCAGAAGAAUGUAGAUGCUAAGAAAGCCAAAAAGGAGGAGAAGAAGAAGAGAAGAGAGGAUGCCAGAAAGCGUGGAGAGAAGGUGGAGAGCUCUGAUAGCGAGGAUGAGAGUGAGAGUGAAAUUGACGAAGAUCUGUCCGAUUUCGAGGAGUUUUCUACGUAA